GAUAAAUGCUAUUUCUAGAAUUGGUAAUUCUUGGCUCCUAACUUAAUUUAAAUUAGAAACAAUUAAUUAUGAUUACUUUGUUAUGAAUGCCUUCAGGUGGUAUUCCUAUAAGACUGCAACUAUAGAAAUUCUUUAAAUGUGGUGUAUUAAUAUAAAAAGUAAAGUAAGUAUUGGAAAUAGUGGACUGAUUAGGAGGAUUAUUUGAACAUAUUUAGGGUGACUUUUAAUCAGAAUAAAAAAUACGAACAUUUAUUUGCCAAACUUAAUAACACAAAAAAUUUUUACUUCUACGAGGAUUUAAAUUAAUUAUACGAACCACCAUGAUCUCCAGCUACAGCAGAGGCUGAAGGAAGCUCUUUAAAAAGAGUUUUGGAAGAAUUAAACUUCCUGAGAUAUUGGCGACUCAACGAAGCAGCCAUCUUUUCAGAAAAUCCACUGCCUGGAGGAUUGUCAAUGAGCCAAGGAAAAAAAUAAUAGUCAGCUGUUUCGUGUCCUACUCUCUGAUUGGUUGUUGGUACGAAAUUAAACAGAGGGAGCCAGUGAAGUGUAACCGUAUAAUUCGCAUUACCUACCUUUGUUGUGAUUAUGAAGUUUUAUUUGAAUAUUAUUACCCUCAUCCCAUGAAUGUCUUAUUUUUUAUAUAUUUUUAGUAAAUAAUAAAAUGUUUGGUUUCUUAGAACUUGCUAUUGGUUUCUUUUUUAUUUAUUGCGCUAUCACGAGAUUGUUUCCUCAAUGUAUUAGAUGGAUUAUAAAAAGGUGCUAUCACAUAGAGGCUCGAAUCGGAAGAAUCGGAAUCCCUUACAUGACACUUCAUGAUGUACAAUUGUGUACUAAUGGUUAUACGAUCGAAAUAGAUCAGAUUGGGUUUAGAAGUAGUUUCUUGAGUAGUGAAGUUUCAAAAUUAGUCAAUGUGGUUAUUCAUGAUAUGAGGAUAAAUAAGGACAUGGUGAGUCACAGUAAAAACUCAGUUUGGAGACCUCCAGAAACGUUUGAUAAUGUUCGCAUCCCUCCAUUAGUCAUAACUAUAGCUCAGUUUGUUUCAGUUAGAAUAUUGAAUUUGACUUUAGCUGUUGUUACCCAUUCUUUAGUCCUACAUUCUACUCUAACAGAAGUUAGUACAGAUGCUUCAGUUGUUCAUAGUACUAGAUGUCUUCUUGUUUCCCUUAAUUUGGCUUCAUCGACAGCGAGGCUACUUAGUGUUUCUGGUCGUGUUCAUGUUUCAGCUGCUUCUGUUAGUAUUGAAGCUUCUUUAGUAGCAUCAACACCUCUCACUGUACAGAAUGUCUCAGUGUCUUUCAAAAAUAUGAAAACUGUGAUAGAUGAUGAUUUUUUUCCAAAUAUGGAAAGGAAGCAAAAGAAAGAUGUAGAAAAUAAGGCUGACAAAGAAGAGAAAACUGAUUUCAAACAAUUGAUUAAUACUUCAGCUCCUAUUCUACCAAAAGAAUUAUCGAUUAGUUUUGAUAAUUGCAUCAUUACUGAUGCCACUGAUAGAGAUAAGACAACUUUACAGAAAUUACUUAUUAAUACAAGGUUUAGACCCUCCAUUAGAAAAUAUUGUGGUUUGUAUGGUAGUUUUGGAAUAAACUUUAUUUUUGAAGGAUUGGACAUGAGAUCUGCGACUGAUACACAAUUAGUUUUAAAACUUAUGGAAUUUAGUGCAAAUUUAGGUGAAAAAGGAUUAAUAAUUAAAACUGUUGUUCGAGAAUUCACCACUUUGUAUGAUCAUGAUAAAAUGAAUUGGCUAUCUGAGUUCCUUCCUCAAACUGAUGAUAAGGAAAAAAUCGUUGAGGAAAAAAAAGAUUGGUGGCCUGAUAUUGACAUUGAUGCCAAAUUUGAGUUUUGGAAUGUUUCAACUGCUUUGCGUAUGCCCAACCUUUCUCCUGCAGUGGUCGGCUUUUCUCAUCUCAAAUUCGCUUAUGACUCAACAUUAAAUGGACAAACAGCUUCAGGCGAAAUUUGGGAGCUACUUUCCGAAAGUAUUUGGUGUCAGUUAGCGAAGUUUGGUGGUCCAGGUAACUUGCGAAAAGAACACACUUGGGGUACUGCUCUCGCAGCUGGACUGGUAUUGGUCAAAGGAGGCAACUCCCGAUCAUCUGCUCUCUUGGACACGGUUAGGCUAGAGUGGUCGCCACCCUUCGCUGACAUUCUGUCACCUCUUGUCAGUAUGCUUGUUUCAAGACUGAUAAAACCGAAAAAAACGAAGCAAUCUGUAAAACAAAAGAACUUAAAUAUUUCCUUGGCAAACACUAAUCUAUUUUUUAUUGCAAAUAAAAAAGUUUGUUUGAUGUUGCGGGUUGAUUCUGCUGGAAUCGAAAGUUCAUUACCCACUAAGAUGAGCUUGGAAGCAGAAGGAAUGAAGUUGUCAUCCAUAUCUCCUACAACUUCUACCUUUCUAUGCGUCAAAUCUUCAGAUAUUAAGAAUUGUAGUGGAAGCAUUGAACUUCUCAGAGGAGAUUGGAAUAAAUCUCAAAAUAUCCUACACUUGAAGAUUUCGAGGCAAAUUCAACUACAGUGGAAUCCUAAUCUUCACCUAAAAUUUAUGGAAAUGUUUUUACAUUUAACGGAUUUUUACAAAGGAGUUCAAAAUAAAGAUCAUCAUUCUUUAUCCAAGCAAGAUGUCAGUAAUAAACAAUUAAGUAUGGAUAUAGUUAUUACAGGAACUGUAAGAUUAGUGUUAAAGCUUUCUAAACAUCACUAUUUUACAUUAACUACAGAUGAUUUCAUUUAUAAUAGGUCUGGUAUUGAUUGCUCUUGGUCAACUUCACAACUGAAAAUGGCUGUAGAUAGUGCUGAUAUAUUUACAGUUGAAGCAUUAGGAUUCGCGAUUGUGCAUGAAAACAGUCGCUGUAAGGAUAUUGUAAAACUCAUCAAGACAGAGAGAUGCAACAAUGAAGAAUUCGUUUUGCCCUGGAACAGAACAUGGCAUAUUAAAAUGAGGAGUAUAAAGGCGAUAUUUCCUUAUGAGCAUAAUUUUUCUUCUGCCUUUCAAGAUGACUUCAUUACUGUUUUUAAAUGGUUGAAAAGAUUGCACAAAAAGUCUCCAGUGCAAUAUCAAAAACUGCCCCUACCUCCUGACCUUCUAAUCAAGAUAGAAGACUUUUUGUUUGAAAUGAGUGAUGAUCCAUUUGAAGUGCGGCUUAGAGAUAACUAUGAGUUACUUGAAGAUGAAUAUAAUGAGAGUUUGAAGAGAGAGAAAAUGCUGGAUGAGAAGAUCAAUGAAAUGAUGAAGACUGAUGUUAUGCUUCCUGCAGGAAAAGUUGAGGAGCUCUACAAUACCUUGUCAAUUCUUAGCACUCGGAUUUAUAUUAAACGUUCCAAACUAAUGAAAGAACAAGGGACACGAACAAGAUUGUUUGCCUGGCUUGUUUCCGAUUUACAACUGUUGGCUUUAACUGAUCCUACGAUCCAUGGUCCUGAAAAUGUUGUUGACAACAUGACUCAGAUAGACCCCGAAUCUCCCUGGCCUGCUGAAGGACUUGAAUUCAGCACACUUUGGUGCCGGGCUGUGGUUAUAAAUUGCAAAGAACUCAAGUUUCAGCUAAGAGAUUUUCCUCAGCCAUGGCUUGACCUUAGGGAGCUCCAGAUGUGGGGGAAGGUUGUAGGUGCUGAACAGAUACCUACAAGGAGAGCAAAGCGUAUUGUGAAACUGGAACUUGGAGAAGGAUGGAAUAGCGUAGAGAUUGAAAGAAGUAUGACUUCUUUAAAACUGUACCAUGAUCUCAACUGUGAGAUAGAACAUUUUAGUUAUGCUUUUGGACCCUGUUGGGAGCCAGUUAUUGCACAAUGCAAUCUUAGCUUUGAAAAGAUAAUGCGUGGCUCACUUGACCCUAGUCCACCACUUCCUCUUUGGGAUAAAUUGCGAUUACUUUUGCAUGGCCGAAUCACUCUUGUUAUUAGACAGCUAACAGUAUUGCUUCAUGCCUCUCUAGAUCCUUAUAAUAAGACGGAAGAAAUGGAAAUAACUUGGUCAUCUGUUGCUAUUGAUUGGACAAAUGCAAAAGUUGUGUUCAAGGGAAAUCUUGACAUUUAUGUCAGAACGGCUUCAAAGUAUGAUGAUUGUCGACUUCUACACCUUCCGAAUCUGAGACUGAGUGUUAAAUUAGGAUGGGCUUGCAUUGGUGAUCCAAAUGACCAUCACUCUGUCAUGCCCUGUGCUCCGGACAAGCUGCCUGAUUAUUCCAGCAAUCAGGAACAUGAUUCCUUCAGGGCAUUCCGUUCUCAAAACCUUAAUAUUCGUUUAGCUUUGGAAACUAAACCUGUUGCUUCAAGUGUUGGAAAUGAUUUUAAUUGUCCUGUGGCACUGUUAUAUGGCAGCACUUUGAGGUGGUUUGAAAAUCUCAAAUUGAUUCUAUCUGGUGUUACACGCCCUACUAGAAGAGGGUCUGUUUUUCAUAAUCUCCGUCCAAGAAAACUUCCACUUUCUCGUCAUUAUAAGAAAGUGCAUCUAUUAUUAUCAUUACAUACUUUUCAAGUUCAUUACUGGAUGUCUUUUUCAAUGCAAAGGGGUUUUGAACUGACUGGAGAAUCAAUAGGUUUUAGUUCAGAGCAUUUGCUUUGCUUGGUACCCAUUAAUGAUAACUUGAAACACCGCCCUCGUGCUGAAUGGAGUGUUGUCUAUAUGACUUGUGAACUACAUGCUGCUGAAAUCUGGCUCCGUUCUGCCAUUCAAGAAAAUAAAGAAUCAAAUGAGAAGUUAUCACUGAGACAGCCAGUCGAAAAGUGUUAUUUUCUUAGUGUUGGAAAAGUAUCCUAUGGUAGAGAAGGCGUAGGUUUAGUGGAUAGUAAGGUAAAUCCAACCCAUCGUCUUGUUGUAUAUGGUUUAAAAGGGGCUUGGACAACCAGUAAUAGGGAUGUGGUUGCUGCUCUUUAUGAUACUUUCAUCAAAACAAAGCAAUUAAAAAAGAAUCUUUCAACAGAAGCACUUAAAGGGUUCCGACGUGAACCUAACACUUCGCUUAAACCUCAGUCCCAUCCAACAGAGCCUAACCAAACCCCAAAUAUUUCUACAUCAAAUACCAAUAAUCUGCAGCAACAGGCAACACCCUCACCAUUAAGUAAACUUCAAUGUGGUCAUGCAGCUACAAUGCUACAACAGCUAAUCGCUGAAGCAGACACAAAAGCUGUAGUUUUCAGUGAUGAACCAACAACGGAAGCCAAUGAACAACAGCUGCAAGGUUUAGCAGCUUGCCAGCAUACGGAUGAUGUCAUUCAUAAAAACUGGUUAAUUGCAUUGGUUAAUAGCCAAGUUCUGUUAAAAGGCCCUGAAACUGAGGGCUAUGUUAUAAUAUCAGCUGCAAAGGCUGAAAUACUGCAAAGUGUCCACUGUCCAGUGUGGCGGGAUAGGCAGCUGGUUGCAAAAACUACUUGGAUUGGCUCUUUGCAAUCUAUGCAGUACUAUGCCACUGUCUCUGCUGGAAAAGCUUCCUUAGAUGAAAAUAUCAUGUGGCUAAGUGUUGAUAAUAUCAAAGAGAAGGAUGACUGUGUUAUUGCUGAAUUACCUGAUGUUCCACAACUGGUCGGUAGUGGUCAGUCUGUUGGAGGAGUGGUUAGUGAAACAGUUGGUCCGAGCAGUGCGGGCAUUGAACCACCUCUUCAGUUGCAAAGGAUUGUAUCCAGAUGUAAAUGUGAAUUUUUCUAUGUUUGUUAUGGAGAGAACAGUAUGUCACCCAGUAAUUUUGCAGUCGUACCUACUCCACCAUCCGAAGAUAAUUCAUCACUUUGGGAAAACCAAACGCAACCUGUAGAUGCCUUCACACUAAUGCAUCAUGAUCUAGAAGUUUGCACAAAUUCAUUACAGUAUGCAAUGUUGCUUGACAUUGUGAAUAACUUGCUGUUGUAUGUGGAACAGUCAAGGAGAGAGGCAUAUGAAAGGGUUCAAAGAAUGAGAUUUCAGUUGCAGCUGCAAUCAGUUGAAGAUCAGAGGAGACCCAUUCAGGAGGCUCAGACACGAGUGAGAGCGCUGUUGUCCAAGAUAAAAGGUCUCGAGAAGGAGAUGUAUAUAGUUCAAAGGGCAUUAGGCGAUGAGCCAAAUUCACUUCACCUUAUACAGCAGAUCGAAAGCUUGGAAAGGCAGGUUUUUGUCUGCAAAGAAUCAUUGACUGUCCAAAGUGAGGAGUUAAAUGCAAUGUUAUCCUGUUACAAAGAAACUCAAUUAAUGGGUCAGAAAAGUACUAACCAUGCACGGAAGGGAGAUUCUAGUGUUAGUGUUGUCCGAGCUUCUGAAAUAUGUUUCAAACAUGCCCAGUGGAGGUUGACAGAAGCUGAUGGUCAGCUUGGCAUUGCAGAUCUGGUUCUGAGUAAUUUUCUUUAUACGAAAAAUUCUAAAAGUGAUGAUUCAGUUGAACAUUUAUUAGAACUUGGUUAUGUACGAAUGACCAAUUUGCUACCAAACCAAAUUUAUAAAGAAGUUCUCCAGCCUACUGAAAUUCACAACAAUAUGCCUGUAGACAGAAAGAGAGCACUGCGAGUGUUUUGUCGGGAAAAGGCUCCUGUUGGAGGAAUAUCUGUGAAAGAACAUUUUGAAAUUAAUUUGGUUCCUUUGACUAUAGGUUUGACAAAGAAGUUUUUUAAUAAGAUGCUCAAGUUCUGUUUCCCUGAAAGAGAUACAGAAGAAGGAGAGCCAGAUGACAAUAGUAGUGUGGAAGGUGGAAAGAAGGGAAAGAUUCACCACAAGGGGAAAGAAGCAAGCUUUUAUGUUCCUAUUGAAAGAAAAGAUGAUGUUGAAAAAAUGAAAGAACGGGCAGAAAAGAACAAGUUAUUUAUAUAUAUUAAAAUUCCUGAGGUACCAGUAAAAGUUAGCUAUAAAGGAAAUAAAGAAAAAAACAUUGAAGACAUUAGGGACUUCAGUCUUGUUAUUCCAACGCUUGAGUAUCAUAAUGUUACUUGGACCUGGUUGGAUCUGUUACUUGCCAUGAAAAGUGAUUCCAGGAGAGUCAUUUUAUCUCAGGCGAUUAAACAAAAGCUUCAGAUUAACAAAUUCAGAACAGGUUCUGAUGAAGGACCAUCUCCUCAAGAAGAGGACAAAGCAAGGAUGCUGUUUGGUAAUCGCCAUAUGCCUGGAGAAAAUAAGAGCCUGAAGCGAGGAAUAUUCAAGUUUCAGAAGUAGAUAAUGUUAUGCUUGUAUAUUUAGUGUAAAUAGUAGUUAUAAAGUGUAUAAAUUAUAUAGAUUUACAAUCACAUUUAUCCACUGAUUAUAGAUAUAAAAAUUAUUUGUUUAAAAAAAAUUACUUAAUUUUCGGCUUACAACAUAUUGCACAUUUAGCAUGAAAGAGGCUCCUCAGAAAUUUUUAUGUUAAGACUCAUACUAGAUCAAAUCAAUAUACAUAAUAGCUGAUCUACUAACAACAUGCACUAGAAGAAAUAACCUGGAGACUCCCUUUAGAACUUUAGUUAUGUCUAUUGUUCCUUUAAAAAAAAAAAAAAAAAAAAAAAAAUGUAUUUUGGAGUUAUAAACCUUUCAUUCUGGAUGUGCAAAAUGCGUAAAUAAAGUGUAUUUUAUGUAUCUGCAUAUUUAUGAUUCUUUAUGUUCUUACAUCUUUAUAUUUCAUUAAUGUAAGAAUCACUCGAUUGUUAGAAUUUUAUAUAGUUGUACAUAAUUAAAUAAGCCUUAUUUUAUGAUCAUGAUAAUUUUCUCCCAUGUGAUUGUUAAUUUGUAAAUAUGUAUAAUAAGCCAAAAAGAUCGCACAUUACUUUGUUUAUUUAUGAAACAAUACUUUUGUUAUACAUAAUGUUUCCUAUUUUGUUUAACAUGUAAAAAUAUUACAUUGAAUAAAUACAUAUUUAAAUGCUGAGCUUAAUAAACAUUCCAGGUUUCCGUUACUUUGUGUCCUUUAAAUUUCUUUCUCGUUCUUACUCCUGUGACCAAUGUAUUACUUUCAGGGAAUGCAGUUUGACCAUUGAACAUUGUGUCCUCAUCUAAAAAUAAGUAGUAUUGCAUUAUGUUUAAAUAACUUCCUUCACAAGUCAAUAACUGUCAAUACUUACCGGGUAAAAACCGCACAGGUUCAUACUGAAUCUGGAGGUUUGGUGGCAAGUCAAUCUUUUUCAUUUUUUCAAGAGGUAGUGUGGUGUCAACAGGUGUCUGGUAAAACUCCAGCAGAUCAUCUAAACACAAAUUUAAUAGAAAUCUUGAGAAAUAAAUUAAGUAUUUUAUGCAAAUAAUUAUAGAUAUAUAUUUGUGGUACCAUAAGUCCUAAUCAUGUGCAAUAUAGAAUUAGGAAUUCCAUGUUUAAAUUCAUCAGAACAUGCAACCAACAGACUGUAUCUUAAAGAAGGAUUUAGGAUAGGUUCAUUCUUAUCAGCUUGUCUGCCCAGUACAUUUCUAAAAAUAUCUUCUAAGCGAUUCCUUAAGUCUGCUGGAGGCUGAUAACUUUUGUGACACCUCAAGAAUCUAAUGUUUAAUCAUAAUUGUUAGUUGAUAAGGAAACAUUCAAAUAUAAAUAAAAUAACUUUAAUAUAACCUACCCUUUACAUGCUAAAGAUUCUUCUGUAGAUUGUAAUGUGCGACAGGCAGGUACUUCAACCUUUUUAAGCUUUUGUUUUAUCCUUUUGGCAUAAUUUCGAAAAGGUAUC